CAAUGCCUCUGCCUUCCAAGUGCUGGGAUUAAAGGCAUGUGCCACCACCGCCCAGCACAAGCAGGUUUUUAUAGCUAUGUAAUGUUUCAUAUGGACUGUAAAUGACAACUUUUUGGUUUGUGUUUGGCUUUAUGACGGGCUCGUUAUGUAGCAGUGCAGGUAGGCUUGAAGCUUGCUUGUUGCCUAGCCCAAGCUGGCUUCUAACUUCGAAUCCUCCUGCUCCUGCCACUGAAGUGUUAAGAUUAAAAACAAUAGAUGACUUGCUGCGCUGUGGGAUUUGCUUUGAGUAUUUCAACAUUGCAGUGAUAAUCCCCCAGUGCUCUCACAACUAUUGUUCACUCUGUAUAAGAAAGUUUUUAUCCUAUAAAACUCAGUGCCCAACUUGUUGCGUGGCAGUAACGGAGCCAGACCUGAGAAAUAAUCGCCUCUUAGAUGAACUGGUAAAAAGCAUGAAUUUUGCACGGACUCGCCUGUUGCAGUUUGCUUUAGAGUCACCACCCAUAUCUCCUGUGUCUUCCACCUCAAAGAAGGUUGUUAAAGUGCAUAAUGCUGAAGCCACCCAACACCCUGCCAAACAGGGGAACAGGUUAAUGGAUAAGUUCCUGAUUAGAGAAACUGGUGACUGUGUAUUUGAGUUGUUGGGAAAAGAAAAUGAGAGGAAAUUCAGCCCUCAAAAAGAGCUAAGCCCUCAAAAAGAGCUAAGCAGCUCUGCUGAGAUGAAAGAGACAAGUCUCCUAGGAAAGCCGGUACUUGGUCUCUCGGAUGUUAAUGGUCCUGUGACACCCUCUACAUCCACUAUGAAACUGGGUACCAAAGUGUCUUGUCCCGUUUGUGGGGUCAGCAUUCCAGAAAAUCAUAUCAAUAAGCAUUUAGACAGUUGUUUAUCACGUGACGAGAAGAAGGAAAGCCUGCGAAGUUCUGCUCACAAAAGGAAGCCGUUGCCCAAAACUGUAUAUAACUUGCUCUCUGAUCGUGAUUUAAAGAAAAAGCUGAAACAGUAUGGCUUAUCUGUUCAAGGAAACAAACAGCAGCUUAUUAAAAGGCAUCAGGAAUUUGUGCACAUGUAUAAUGCCCAGUGCGAUGCUUUGCAUCCUAAAUCAGCUGCUGAAAUCGUCCAAGAACUUGAAAGCAUGGAGAAGACCAGGAUGCGCCUUGAAGCAAGUAAACUCAAUGAAAAUGUCAUGGUUUUUACAAAGAACCAAACAGAGAAGGAAAUUGAGGAAAUUCACAGUAAAUAUCAUGCUGGCAAACAGGUAGCACAGGGCUGUGUGAGCGAAAACAAGAUGAGAAGCACCAUAGUCUGCCGGCACUUAUCAGGUAAAAAGUACCAGAAUGCAUUCCAGCUUCUGGUGGAUCAGGCUAAAAAAGGGUAUAAGAAAACUGGCAGAGUUUCACAAGCUGCAGCGAUGAGAACAGAUGAACCUGCAGAGACAUUGCCGUCUGAAUGUAUGGCACAAGAAGAUAAUGUGAGCUUCUCAGAUACUGUCUCAGUAACAAACCACUUUCCUCAGUCCAAGCUGGACUCGCCAGGGCCAUCGGAGCCUGAGAGGCCGGAUGAUUCUUCUAGUUGUACUGAUAUUCUAAUCUCCUCGGAAUCAGACUCAUGCAAUAGUUCCAGUUCAGACAUCAUAAGAGAUCUUCUGGAAGAAGAGGAAGCCUGGGAAGCGGCACACAAAAAUGAUCAAAACAGAGAAGUAAGCCCACAACAGACUCGCCGCACUAGAGCCACUGAAUGUGUUGAGAUUGAACCAAGAAACAAGAGGAAUAAGAAUUAGUAUGGGCUUUGUGCCAGCUUUUCCGUACAGUGACCUGAAUAUGAUAUUGUUAUUGCCAUGUAUGGUUUCAUAUUUAACAAUAUCCAAGGAAGACUUUUAAGUCUAAAUGUAAUAGUUAAUUUAUUUUCAUUCUUCUUUGCCUUCCUGAACACAACAACAACAAAACAAACACACACACAACAAAAAAACAAAACGUGACAUGUUCUGAAAUGACUCUUCUUAGUCAGUUGGUUCCUUCCUUUCCUUUAAGACAUUUCUCCCCUAAAAUCAUACUCACCAGCUUUGCACAGAGUAUACAUUCCUUAGCAGGAGCGUUUUCCUUGGUUUGACUUCUCUAUUUCAGGAUGUUUUUAAGUCAUUUUUUAGGUUUUUCCGCUGGGGAACAAACCUCGGAAGCAGCUUUUCAUCCUCUUGACAGUUGCAAGCCUGCCGCUGAGAGUGUGCAUGCUCUUGUCCUAGCCACACACCCUUGGUGGGAGCGCCUGCUGCCAGGCCACCAGCAGUUACUGCUUAGUACCCAAGUUGAAUGCGUUUGUUAGACACACCUGUGUUUACUUAUAGACUAGGUUUAUAAUGGGGAGGGGGUCAUUUUAUGGUUUUUGAAAAGCUGGGGAAGUGGGGAAGUUACAGCUGUGCUUUAAGGGCGCAGGCUCAAUGACUGAAGCAUAUGUAUGUCUUUCUGAAGUGGCACUUAAAAGUUAUCACUCUUAGUGUUCUUCCCCUGGGGUCAGGCAGAUCUCGAACACUUUGAAUCCCAGCUGUUAAACAAACAAACAAAAAAGUGAAAUAAAUGUUAUUUAUCAAUGGAUAUACAAUGUGUAAUGUCUUUGAAA